UCACCACCACUAACCAGCAGCAGCAGCAGCAGAGCUUGUGCACUCACCAGUUUGGGUUGGGUUCGGUGUCCCUCGCUAACCAGAAUCAUGAGUAAGAACUACUUGAGCAUGAACACUGAGCUGCGGAAGGGAGAUUUCCUGGUGUCCACCAACGGGGAAUACAAGGCCAUUCUCCAGGAGGACGGGAACUUCGUGGUGUACGGCUGGACGCCGCUGUGGCACAGCAACACCGUCGGCAACACGGAGGGUCUCCGCCUGAUCAUGCAGGGCGACUGUAACCUCGUCCUGUACGCCAGCAGGAAACCCGUCUGGCACACCAACACGGUCAACAAGAGUCCUCUAAUGUGCCGCCUGACCCUGACCGACGACGGAUUCCUGGUGGUGGAAAACGACGCGAAGCAGGUGUGGAAAUCCACCAAGAAUAAGUAAACAAUCAGUCGUGUCCUAAAACUUAAUGAGUUUCGUUCCUGCUCUUGUGUUUAAUCCACAGCGGUCAAUGAAAUAAAAUCAGCAGGACGUC